AUGAGCUGGCUUAGCAGGUUGAACCCGCGGGGACCAGGGAGUCGGUCUGGUCGGAGUGCCGCCCCCUCCAGCCCCUGCACGGCUGACCCGGAGACCUGCCUCAUGGUGUUUGAGAACCACUGGAGACAGGUGAGCUACAGAGACUCCUGUUCUCUUGAAUGUUUAAUUUCAAGCUUUGUUCUCCGACUCCUUACUCUCAGGAUUUUGUGUAGUUGCAUCACGUUUCUGCUGUAUUGCCUUCAUCAUGCAGUGUACAAGAAAACAACACAAGUCAUUUGGACAGUUUCCUGUAAAGUGUUUGGUAGAACUUGUGCAACUUAACUUCUAUUCUGCAAAUUCAUGGUCACCAGCAUCUCCGUGUUCCAAUCUGGAAGUGUAUCUGCUGAUAUUCCUCAUUUCCAAGUGUUAGAAAUAAUCACAAGAAUCUCAUUGUGACUCAGGUUACCAAGAAAAGUUCAUUUAUACAAAGGACUUCAAACUGUGAAGCACAGCUCUUCAGGAAGAAUUGUCCACUUCUCAGCUCCUCUUCUGUGAAUCAUAAUUCAGUCAUAUUUGAACACAAAGACUUGAGAGUUUGCAAGGUUAUCAUUACCCUUAUGUCAUAAAAAAGAGACCAUAAAACCAACUAGGAAUCAGGAAAUGAGCCUCUGACUCACAAAUCUCAUGGUUUCGUACGGCAGCACCUUGAAGGGAGAGCAGAUCAUGGUGCAAAGUAUGUUUACAUCAAUAAAUAACAGAGCUGUUCAUUUUAAUUCUGCAUCCUUUCAUCCUUACGUCGUCCAGAGAGAAAAAUGGGAUCAUCCCUAAAACCAACAGUUCAAAUAGACUCAGUUUAUUAUCAUACAAAUCAGCAGAGUUGAUGAUUUGAGAAGCAAAAGCGUACUAGUGAUUUUUUCCUUCAUGAGACACUGAAUGUUCACUUUAGUUCAAGAAUAACUGAUGGCGAGUCCAGUUAGAACAUGAAGCCAGAUUUUGAGUUUCAGUGAAUGAUUAUCUCUCCUGACACCGAGUGUGAAUGUUCGCAGUUUGAGUCGGCUGUGUUAAUAUUGAUGAGUGUAUUCAGUCAGUCUGCUGUUACAUUGGGACUGGCUACUGUCCAAUCACUGGCUGAGAGGUUUAUAGGUAACAGAUCAGUGCCAAACUCUGACUGUUGGAUUUCCUCACAGGCAACACAAGCGAUUCUGAGUGUCUGACUCACAGACGCUGUGGGUUUUUCAAGAACUCUUCAAAGCCUUUUAAUUCAACUUUUGUAGUUAAGAAUAAAAGAAACAAAAAUAUAACCACUUGGGCACUGAUUUGCCUAGCGGUAUUAAUGUGCUCCUCAUGUGCAGAGACUAUAACCCUGUUACAGCGGCCUCUUUUCAGCUGUCUUAUCAAUAUCAGAAAAUCAAACAGAAAAAAGAAAAAGAAAAAGUAAUGUAAUGUCGCAGUUUGGGAUGGGAAUGACACAUUUCUACUAGAUGCCUGUUUUUGGUAGACUAAUUUGUGUUGGUUUGAAGCUACUUAGUGAACUAAAUGAGGUGGCAUAAGUUUACAUUAGGACGCAUGAGGAACUGUAUAAGAAUUAAGUAAUGUGUAAGAAAAAAGUCAAUGUUCAAAGGUAAACCAAAUGUGUAAAACUGUGUAAAAGAACACCAAUGUUAAUUAUGACUAUAUAGACAAUAAAGUGUCUAUUUUAGCAUAUAAAGCUGUUCCUGUGUAUCCAGCCUGUGACUGAAGGUGCUCUGUUGAAUAACUUGUAAAAUGUAGACCGGGUGUCUGAGCUUUUUCAGGAUGGAUUGAAAUCUGAAAAGCACUCUUGCCUCUUUAACCUGCUGAAUGCUCUCCACCCUUUUGUCCAUUUGCAAAUUAUUUGAAUAGAGUCCCAUCUCUAUCUCCAACAGUCUUUGCCUAAAGCUCUACUUCUUUGCAUGGGAAUGAACAUUUCCUACCAACAGUAAACAAACUGCUGCCUUGACUAUAAAAACAAGAGUUUAGAAUGAUUGUUUUCAAGAUCAAUCCUCCACAUUUUCUCAUGUGUCUGUCUAAGAUUGCAGCUAAUAUGUUAGGAAAUGAAAAAUAUGGGAAGAUCAGUAGGAAACAAGUAUGGAAAGCCACUAACUUUUGUUUUGUGCAAUAUUUACCAGCUCGGUUCAUAGCGAUAUCAUUUUUUAUCUCACACCUCAACAAGCAGCACAUCUCUUAUCAACACAUGCUGCCCACAGAUCUGCAAAUCAUCACCGUUGAAGUCACACUGGCUGGUAAACCGCUCGAUAAGUGAUGUGAAACCUUAGUUCUAAUAGGCCAAUCUAGCUAUUUCCUCAUACAGCCCUUAGACAGUUAAGUGAAACUCCAGUGUUCUUUCCAGAGUGAGAAGCUUAGCGUCACUUCAGACAUGUUAAUAACCACAUUCACCACAGCCACGGCGCUGAAUGACUGUAAUUCACAUGUCUCUAAAAUACUCUGUUCUGUAAGCAAAGGAUUGAAGCAGAAUGUAAAAAGGUGUUGUCAUUUUUCAGAAGAGUACAUAGAACAUUUCCCACGCAUGAUUUGAAGUCCUAGUAGAAUAGAUAUACGUGAAGUUAGAGCAAAUUACAGUGAACUCCUAUGAGUUCUCCUAUGAAAAUGAGCCACAGAGAUAACUCUUGGAACUGAGGUCACCCUGUUUUAUCAGGUGAUAGGGUGAGAGGAAUGUUCAGGCUAAAUUUUGUUUUGUUUUUUUCAGGUCUCCUGGGUGUUGGAGCAGCACGAGCCUUCGUCCUCCAGCGACGACCUAACAGCGGUGAGGAACCACACCGACCAGAUGUUGUGUCUGCUGGCAGAGGAGCGUCCUGCUGAGAGCUCAGACGGCGGCGCCACAGUGCCGCCCAUGGGCCCGAUCCUGGAGCUGGUGGUCACCGAGAAUAUCCUGGAGCACCUGGUUCAGUGGCACCUCCGCAGAGGCCUGGACCCGGACAGCCAAGGGGCGCUGCUCAAGCUGUUUGAGAUGCUCAUCGGCCAGUCCCAGCAGCCUUUGCUGCAGCACACAGCAGUCCUCCACCCUCUGCUGAGGCUGCUGGGAGCUUGUGCUGAUCCGGAGCUUGGUUGUCCUUCAGGCCUGGAGAACAGUUUGGUCCUGCUGCUCAAUCAGGUGGAUUUACGUUUUAUCCUCAUGCUUUUCUGAUGUGUGUACAGUUACCUAAAGUCUGUAGAAGAACUUCUGAAGCUAAGAACAAGACUAAACCUUUCUGAGUCUUGACCAUCAGAAAAAGUGCAUGUCAACCAAGGAACACUAUGAUUAGAGCUGCGUCGCUAGGCAACUCCAAGCACACUUUUGCAGCAAGUUUGCUCUGAAGGAAGGCUACGUUGCUAAUUUAGUCACAAAGUGGAUGAAGGGAAAGGAAAGAAAACAUCAGAUGACAUCAUGGCUGGAUUUCAAAUUUGUAUCCGAGCAGCACUGAAACUUGAAGAGUCCACUCAUGGAGGAAAUCUUGUUCACAGCACCCUGCAGCAUUCUACCUUUUCGUUUCGGUCUUCAGCAUAUUUUCUUUUUAAUCACAGUCCUAAAAUUUACAAGCUUUCUUUCAAAAAUCAGGUUGAAAUGAGCAACUAGAUCAGAAGGCAUACUGUUACACUGAUUGAAAGUCAAUUGUUUUUAUGUUAUUUGCCAAACACUAAACUCCUCUUUAAAUGUAUAUCACACAAGCAAACACAAGUUAUUAGAUAUCUUGUCAAAAGGUAAAUGAAAAAAAAACAUGGAAUCAGGACUAGAGGUGCGGUAAGUGGAAAAUGUUUGGCAGCAAAAUAAAGAACAACAUUUGGUCGAUCAUCUGUCUGUGCGAGAGGUAAAAAAAACAUGGCGUGCAGUACCAUCUGAAAUGAAAAAUAUUCAGAUUUUAAGGUUUUAAACACACAUACAAAGAUUUGGCUAACACUAAAGCAAGUUAUUAAAGGUAGACGACAUACAAACGUGUUUAAACACCUUGUAUGUAUUUAAAUGUGGUCAUUGUUUAUGUUUCAGCCCUGAUUUAACCUCUGCAUCACACUCAUUUACCAACUUAAAACCUCUCUGAAACUUAAAAACUCUAAAUUCUUUAAAAGUGAGAGGACAACUGUUUAGCCCACGCCUUUAGUUUACUAAAUCCUUUCUAUCCGUCUAUCUAGACCAUAAGUCACAUGUACCACUACUGAAAGGGACCAUGCAUCAGUUCUUCACUUUGAGAUCUUUGAUUUCAUUUUAGUGAUAAUACUCAAUAAGUUAAAUGUCAGAUUUCACUUGUGGUGAUCCAUUUUUUACACUGUGUCAUAAAAACUGAAGGAUUUGAGCUCUCUUGUUUAACUUCACAUUGAUUUUCAUAUAUUUUAACUCACCAUCAGGUCUGUGUGUCCAUGGCCCGGCAGCCUGUCGUUCUGGAGAUGUUGUUCAGGGCAGCACCAGCUCAGCAGGGCUCCACCAACCUUCUGAUCUUCUCUCUCCUCGUUCCGUUCAUCCACCGAGAUGGAGCCAUUGGACAGCAGGCCCGGGACGCGCUGCUCCUGGUCAUGGCCACCUCGGCCAGCAACGAAGCUGUGGCCCGUUACAUCGCUGAGAACUCGUACUUCUGCCCGGUGAGAAAUGGUCCUCAGUGAUGAGGAUACGGUGACAGAUGAUGCUGGAUUUGGACAUCUGUUUCCAUUUGCCUUGGCUUUCAUUGUCCUUGGAUUUCUUAUGUUUUUAUGUGUUGAGGUUUUUCUAAGAGAAACAGAUUUUGGCUGAAGUAGCUGGAAUUGUUGACACAUUUUAUUGGAUAGUUGGCUCAGCUGAAAACACUGCUGAAUUUGGCAUAGCCUCUUUCCUGGCAUUUAGCUGUGGCAAACUAUGUACGAAAUUACCCUGGAUUUAGGUCAAUAAAAAGGAGUCUAUUGCUUUUACAAAACCACAGAAAAUACUCAUUUCUGAAUGACAGAUGGCCUUUAAAAUGAUAUUUUCAUGUCUUAUACUCACUGCAUCUUGAACAGAUGGUAACCUUAGCUACAUUAGUUUUUAUUUUAAGAGUGAAUUCACCAUUAGAUCGUGAUUUCUUGAAGAUUGAAGCACUUAAGUUGGUUCAUACAGACUCUUAAUGCUUUCCAUCAAGUAUGUUAUAUAAAAUACAAAGAUACUUUAAAGGGUGAGCUCCUCUUCUUUGUGUUGUAGGGUUUGAUUACACAAACCAACACAAAUCACCAAAUUACAGCUACUUUAUUUUCAGCUGUGUCCUUACAUUAAGUCUGUAUUUAUAAGACAUGACCCCCAUAGAGGGAUAGAACCACUAAUACUGCAUUCCUCUCUUUGCCAGGAGGCUACACUCUUCCUCUAGUUUACAUAAAAACUGUGCAUGUGAUAUCUAACACCACUGUUUGGGCUAAUAUUGGUUUAUGUAGAAAAGUUCAGACUCUUGUGAAAAUGACACAUACUUAAUGUAGUAGUCGAGAACAGUUAGAAGUGCAGGAUCUUGGAUGGCUUUCAAAAACCGAGUUAUGUAUACGUUUGAGCGUGUGCUGUCUCAUUCUGAUGCAUCAGUGAUGGAGUCUGAUAGAAGAAGGGGAAGGACAUGAUGAUGCACUCUGGCAGGACAUUCACUCUUAUCUACAUCGGCCUUAACUUUGAAGGUUUCCUGUAGAUAGCUCAAAAAAAUACCACUGUAGCAAUUUCUAAACACUGUCAAGGAGACUGACCAGCUAAUUUAACUGACACUAACUCACAUGAUGGAACAGAAAAUUCUCAGACUUUGUGCACAAAAAACUCCUUUUUUUCCUGUUAAGUGAUAAAUUCAAUAAUAGUUUUGUUUUUUACUGCUGGUAUGUAGCUGUAAAAAAAUACAAGCUUGUUGAGGGGACACUUAAGAGAGAUAGAGAUGGAGAGCCUUUCAAGUUUGAGCCUUUUCACUUAAACAUUCAUGUAUCUACAGUAACAGUAAAAACAUUCUUGCAGGAUGUGAUGUCAACUGCACUGCAAAAAAAAAAAGGGUAUCGCACCAAAAAUAUGUUGCUCAAUGAGAAAUUAGCUGCUUGUGGUGUUUUCUCUUUCAAAUUCCACCGAGUUUAAUGAAAGAACUGUGUUUUUAUUUUGCUUUUAGAAUAUAGGUCUGCUUAAUAAUACCCUUUUCAUCUGCUGUAUUUUGAUUUAAUAGUUACUCGGUGUGAAGCGAAGGUGUGAGCGUAUACCAGUGAGCCAGGACUGUCCUUCUUAAUCUGGUCACGAAUCACAGCUUCUUUGCAGCUCUUCACCUUUAAAACUUCAGAACUGUUAUCUCCCCGUCGCCGCUUUACUCUGGUGUUAAAGAGCCGGCUCAGCUAUUUUCUGCUCGUCCUCCUUCCAGCAGCUUCGGUCUGACCUACUUACAGGCGAGAAGGACCAGCAGAGGUGGCAUCAAGGACCAAAUGUUCCUCUCUGUCUGAGACUCACUAUUUCUUUCUAUUUGACUUUUUAUUUUUAUUUGCAUAUAUACCUUAAAAAAGCAGCAGAAAGAAAAAUGUCUAAAUCUGUUUGGGAGAGAUAUGGAACUUAAGAAGCACCACGUUCAAACGAUUGCCCAUAAUGUAGCUUAUAGAGGAGUCAAUCACACGUGUGUCCCUGUUAGGUGACCCCAUGCUUGUGUGUCAUCACGAUCGCCAGCCACUGAGCGAUUAUACGUUUAUGAGAAGCAUUGGAUACAGUAAUAUCAUCGCACACUGGACAGUUUUGUCAGACAAAAUGAAGGAAAAUUUUAACUAUGACGCUACCCCACUUCAUGAUCAAUAAACACCAGCAAAGCUACUUUAAAGCAGUGUGACUCAGAAAACUGUGACAGCCCCAUUAAGUUAUUGAGAUUUGUUGGAGUACCAAUCUUGCUGUUUGUAGUGCUUCCAACACCGCCAGCAUCUGCUGUCUGAAUAAACUCUUACAUCUCCUCUAAUGUACACUUUAUGUUACGUUUUUCCACUCUUUCUGUUGAGUCACUGGUACUGUAAUGAAAACACGAGGUGUUUCACUCAAGGUGCAGGUUUUAUUUGUGAUAAAAACAAGCCAUAUCUAAGAUUACGACAGGUAGCGCUGGUUAGUGCCUGCACUUUUAGACUGUAGGAUCUGUUAUAGGAUUUGUUGCAGAGCAGCACUUUGUUUUGACAUAAAAAUCCUCUAUAAAUAAAUCUGCCAAAGAAGAAAAGACGAAAAAAAUCUGUUCAUUUUUCCUAAGUCCUUGCCAACAAUCUCAGGUUGUGUUUUUGGUUGGACCAUCUGUCGAAACCCCAAAUAUUUUGCUUGAGAAGUGACGACAGCUUUUAGUUUAUAUUGUGCCAAUUCUAAGCUCUUUUAUGUGUUUUAUGUCACAAAAAUCUGUCAUUUAUAAGUUUAAAUCCCUUAAACGUAUGGCCCUGUGUUGUUGAGAAUCAGAAUCUCCAUCUGAAGCCUCUCUCUCCUCUUUCCCUUAGGUGUUAGCGACUGGCCUCAGCGCUCUCUACUCCUCUCUACCAAGGAAGAUCGAGGUCCGGGGAGACGACUGGCACGCUCUGCGACGGGAGGACUGGAUGGGCGUCGCGUCCCUUGUACUGUUCAUGAACUCGUUGGAGUUCUGUAACGCUGUGGUGCAGGUCGCUCAUCCUUUGGUGCGCUCGCAGCUCUUGGACUACCUCCACAACGGCUUCCUCGUUCCGGUCAUGGGCCCUGCACUGCACAAGGUAGGAUGAGUUUGAUGGAGAAAAGCAAAACCAUGAUUACACUGAAUAACUGCAAAUGAAACCUGCCGUCAGCUGUGAUUAAAUGAAAUUUCACAUUAGGAAACAGUUUAGAAGACUUCAUUUUGUAAGCUUUGAGUGACACGUUUUACCACAAUUACCAGAUCCGUUGAAGGAUUUCCUGCAUCAUUGAAAGCUUCCUUUAUAAUGUUUACUUAUUCUCCAUCAUCAGUUCCUCCCAUGAAUAAAAUCUUUAAUGAUUUCAGUCUCCUCCUUCACUUUCCUCCUCAACAUCCCACAAAAAAAUCCAAUGAAAUGCAGUCUUCCUCUCUGGAUACAUUCAGAAAUUGUAAAGGCCUCUUCUUUUUUGUACAGACUGUAUCUGCACAUGUUGGAAUGAAAAGAAAAAGUUCAAAACACAUUUCUCAGGAGAAACAGCAGAGAAAUACUUCAUCAGUUACUGUCAGUGUUGCAAGUUGGGUUCUUGUUGGGCUGUCCAGAUACAAUAUUGAUAUCGGAUAUCAGUCCAAUAUCAGCCAAAAAACAAAUAUCAGAUUAUACCGAUACAAACAGUCCAUUCCAGACUCCACUCUGGCACCUCUAGCUAGCAGCGCCCAGAUCCAACAUUCAGAGCCCACAUAAUCACGACAACAAUGUAAGGUACUAACAAAGUAGCAAGGAGUGAGAGUGAUGUCGGCUGUAUGGCAGUAUUUUUCAUUAAAGUCUGGAAAAGACGUUGCAGCUGAGUGAAAAACUUAUACCAAUAUUGUACUGAAGGCUACAAUAUCGGUGUCGUAUCAGAAGUAAAAAAGUUGGGUAACCCUUUCUUUUACGGAUGACCGCCUUUAUGAAAGGCUCAUAUGGCCUACAAAUCACACAAAAAAUGUAAACCUGAGACACUACCUGGUUAUAACCUGGUAUUAACCUGGUAAUAACCUGAGAUAUUACCUGGUAAUAACCUGGCUAUAACCUGAGACAUUACCUGGCAAUUACUUGGUUAUAACCUGGUUAUAACCUGAGACAUUACCUGGUUAUAACCUGGCUAUACCCUGAGACAUUACCUGGUUAUAACCUGGUAAUAACCUGAGAUAUUACCUGGUAAUAACCUGGUAAAAACCUGAGACAUUACCUGGUAAUAACCUGGUUAUAACCUGAGACAUUACCUGGUAGUUACCUGGUUAUAACCUGGUUAUAACCUGAGACAUUACCUGGUAAUAACCUGGUUAUAACCUGCGACAUUACCUGGUAAUUACCUGGUAAUAACCUGGUUUUAACCUGAGACAUUACCUGGUUAUAAGCUGGUUAUAACCUGAGACAUUACCUGGUUAUAACCUGGUUAUAACCUGAGACAUUACCUGGUUAUAACCUGGGCAUAACCUGAGACAUUACCUGGUUAUAACCUGGUCAUAACCUGAGACAUUACCUGGUUAUAACCUGGUUAUAACCUGAGACAUUACCUGGUUAUAACCUGGGCAUAACCUGAGACAUUACCUGGUUAUAACCUGGUUAUAACCUGAGACAUUACCUGGUUAUAACCUGGGCAUAACCUGAGACAUUACCUGGUUAUAACCUGAGACAUUACCUGGUUAUAACCUGGGCAUAACCUGAGACAUUACCUGGUUAUAACCUGGCCAUAACCUGAGACAUUACCUGGUUAUAACCUGGUUAUAACCUGAGACAUUACCUGGUUAUAACCUGGGCAUAACCUGAGACAUUACCUGGUUAUAACCUGGGCAUAACCUGAGACAUUACCUGGUUAUAACCUGGUUAAAACCUGGUUAUAACCUGAGACAUUACCUGGUUAUAAUUUGGGCAUAACCUGAGACAUUACCUGGUUAUAAACUGGUUUUAACCUGAGACAUUACCUGGUUAUAACCUUGUUAUAACCUGAGACAUUACCUGGUUAUAACCUGAGACAUUACUUGGUUAUAACCUUGGCAUAACCUGAGACAUUACCUGGUUAUAACCUGGUUAUAACCUGAGACAUUACCUGGUCAAAACCUGGGCAUAACCUGCAAAAUUACCCGGUAAUUACCUGGUAAUUACCUGCGAAAUUACCUGGUAAUAAGUGUACUGUAAAAGAAAGGGUUACCAAAAAUUGUAUUGGGACACCCCUAGUUCUUGUCAAAUCUCCAGUAAAACAGUUGGGUUGGUGUGCAUAGGAAGAAUAGUUUGACCCCGUACCGAAGGAAACAGCAAGAUUCAAUGUUGACGUGGCGUACAAAUCAGACUAUCAAACUGCACAAACCAUCCCUCUUUCCCUGGGCAUAAAUUUUCUUCCUGAAUAGGCUGGAAGGUGUUAACACAAGGCAGUUUGUCUGAUCAGGCUGUUGUUGUGGUUGUUCGUGGUCCAUGUGAGCAGAGUUUAAGAGAGAGAGACUUUCUCCACUAUGUUAAGACUGUGGUGCAGCUACUCCUCUCUAAUGCAGCAUUACUCAAUACUGUUGUUUUUGUGUUAGGUGUAGCGUCUUCUUUCAGCUCCUUUGAAACAGGUAUGAAUCCCCCAUUCUGGCCUCAGUUCCGCUCUCAUUUAGCGGGAAACGUGGGUGGAUGUAAAACAGCAAAUUGCCUUUUUGGCAGAAUCAUGCAGCAGUGAGGGGAUAAUUGUGGUCAUUGUUUUUUUUGUGUGUGUGUGGUUGAAGUAAACAGAGGCUCUAUGUAAAACAGGAUCAGGUGGGAAAAUAAUUGCAUUAACCUUUCUUGAAUAACUAGGGGGUAUUUUAUGGCUUAUCUGAAUGUUAAUUAUCAAAAGGCUCAGAGCAUCAGGUGGACUGAUCGGUUUAAAAAAUGAGCGAACUCUAAAACACGAGUUUACUGUUUGUAAAGUCUGUCUUACACUGUGUCCUUUGCCCUAUUUUUGCAGUUUUAUAGGAUUCCCUGUGUGAGUAUAUUUGUGUGUUUCUCUGUGAUUGUAGUCAUCAGUAGAUGAGAUGAUCGCCAGCACCGCCUACCUUGACCUUUUCCUGCGCAGUGUGUCGGAAACCUCCCUUCUCAAAACCUUCCUGCGCUUCAUACUGCUGCAUCGCCACGACAACGACACCAUCCUCGACACACUGCUCACACGCAUCAGCAGCAACUCAAGGGUAUAAAAUAAUUUCCACAUGUUUAUGUUCUUCAUGUGGUUGGUCCAUGAGGCCUUAUAUAAACUCUAUUGUGUGGGUGGUAAGUGGGUGAAGAGCAAGAACUUGAUUACAUGUUGCUGAUUUUCACAGAGCAAACAUGGGAAGUAAACGUCAACAUUUCUGCUUCUGUUGUGUUGGGUAGUGUUUGCAGUUGGUGGACCAAUCCACAGUAAAAAUGUGUAAAUAAUUGCAAACUUUCUAGACAUAAUAAAGUGUUUGUUUUAAUCUUUUAAAUGUCUCUUCAGAGAAAUGGGGAGAUCAAACUGAGAGUAAGAUUUCAGCUCUAAAGUCAAGCUGUGUUCAGGCUGUCAUCGUCAGAACAAAGACAUUUUUAUCAGAUCUUAACUUAUCUGAAAAAAUGUUCAUGUUGAGAAAAGGCCUGUUAAAAAAGGAAAACCCUCUACAUUUUUAACAGUCUUUUGAACUCUGUUAUUUCUUUGGAUUACAACUUCUCCCUCCUUGUGUUGCAGCUCUGUAUGGUAUCCCUGAGCCUCUUCAGGACUCUUCUUUCCCUGAACUGUGAAGACAUCAUGCUGCAGCUUGUUCUCAGGUAUUAAGUCUCUCUAGUAGAUAAAACUCAUCAGAUCAAACAGCCUUAGUACACCACUGGUAUUAGUGAUCACUGGGAGUGACCAGAAGUCAUAUCCGGGUCCUGAAUGAGCUGUUUUCUCUUUCGUGAACUACGCUGUUAGAACCGAAUGAACUCUGACACUGAUGUCAGCAUAUUUUACAUAUUACACUGAAACCAAAAGAGACAACCCUGCUGAAGAAAAUGCAGUGUAGUGAUUUCCACAAAACAGCCUGUUGAGGUCAAAUACAACUUAAUUCCAGUAAAGGUUGUGACACCGUGUGAACUGUUUGUCAAAACAGAAUUUGAAGGUUUGCAAAUCAUUUCAACUCUACAAGAAAACAACAACAGCACAAAGGUAACAACGAAUGAAUGCUGAAGAUAAAAAAUUGAAUAUUUUUAUAAAAAACAUUUUGAAUUGGUUUCAAAAACACCUAGUGGCAAAGAGACAGAAAUGACAGACAUGUUGAUUGUCGUUUUUCAUCACCUCUUCUCUUAAAAGCACAGCGGAGACCGUUUUCUGGAGUUUGGAAAGUGAAAUGUCGACCCAUGCUGCCUGAUAAAGAGUGUCUGCUGCUCAACAGCAAAGGGUCCUCUUUGUUGCAUUUUUGAGCGACAAAUGUUGAGUCAUGAGGCACCAAAUGUUUUCAGUGGAUGAAAAGUCGGGACUAUGAGCAGGCCAGUUUGGCAUCUGCAAUCAUCUACCGCUGAGCCAUGCUCUUGUGAAAUGUGCAGUCUGGUUUGGUAUUCUGAAUCAUGUUUUCGUAUGGGUGCCUUUUUGAAUGGUAGUUUCAACCUGUGUUUGUGGAUGCAGCAACAUAUGUCUUCAAAGACAAUGCUUCCUGAUAGGAAUUUGGAGCCCAUGCAGUAACUCCCACUACAGAGCCAUGUAUGUUUUAAAUUCAGUGCGCCUCAGGGUCCAUGAUUUGCAUCCAUCCAGUAUUUGUCUUUUGGAAAGUCUGUGCAGGGGACGACAAAGACAGUAUCGAAUUAUUUCCGGUUUGUUUAUUAUUUUGUGUGUUUUUUUCCCUCUCAGGUAUCUACUGCCCUGCACCCAUGUAAUGCUGAGUCAGCGUCGUGCUAUCAGGGAGACUGACAUGUACGGAAAGUCAGCAGAUAAGUUCCUGUCCCUGAUUCCCGAGUGCUGCCGCUUCCCUGCAACGCCCUCUACUGAGCGGGAAGAAGACAACCCGUUCUGGGGUAAAGGUGAGAAAGAAGGAACACCUGUGGAGACGUUAAAGCAGUUCAAUGUUGAUAUGUUUAUAUUUAACUGUAUUUUGUGAUCAUGUAGACAAGUGAAGCACCAAAAUUAAACUGAUGAAACUGUGUCUCUGUCUUGUCCUUCCACAGUACUGAACAGUCCCAGCACAGAGUCUCCAGCCCCUCCCAGACCCAGCACCCCGUCCCGGUUAGCCUUCUUCAUCCGCCAGCCAAGCAUUGGAAGCGGAUUAGGAGGAGGUGGUCCCUCCACCCCCACCAGCAUGGAGGCCAUGCAGUCGGGUCCUCACAGCUCGCACCCUCUCUCUCCUGACAGCCCGAUGCACUCUCAGCUCCCUCACACAGAGAGUCUGGACUGGGAUUCAGGCUACCUGGAGUACCUCAAAGACGCUCGGCGGGGGAUCGAGUUUUGCUCCUGGGCUUGUCGCGACUGGUCGGCGCCCUAUGAUGGAGAAAACCCUUCCCCGAAUGCAGUCCCUCCACCCCCACCGCCCCCUACCUCUAACCCCUCCAUGACCAUGUUCCCUGAGCACUUCUCCUUCCAGCAAGGAGGGAGCAGUAACACUCCUCCAGGCCAGCAGAGGGCAGCCAUCGUGGCUGCGGCACGAUCAGAGUGGAGCAGCUCGGAGCGGGACAGCGGGGAGUGGGACGUCACGAUCGGCAAGAACAACUGCAUCAGCCUCACGCCACGCUCCAAGAAACGCAGCCUGCAGAGAGAGGAGCUUCUGCCAAAGCCUGUACCUCGCCUCGUACCCUCCUCCUCGUCUUCAACUGCUCCUUUAUCGACCUCCCACACUGCCUCACCCCCUGCUCCUCACAUUCCAACGUCUGCCAUCACUGUUAGCUACCAGGCUAUGUAUAACGGGACAAUGGGUGGGGACAGCUGCUCAGACAAUCAGGACAGAGGACUGGAGGUGAAGAAAGUGAAGAGAGACUUGGGAGAGCAGCAGUAUUUGGAUGAAAAUGCCAAUCAAAACGGAUCCCUCGUCACGUGCCCCUCCCAAAGCUGCUCAGCACUCACACAGUCCAUUUUUAACAACAGUGACAUGAGUGACUCUACAUCUCUUUGUGCUAACCAGAUUGCCUCUCAGAGCUCCGUUACCCAGCAACCGUCUGACACCAAACUGCCGACCAGCGACACCUCAAACCCACACGGUGCAUCCUCAGAUCUUCCAGAAGUCAAUCAGUCACAACAGUCUGUAGAAAGUUUAAUCCAGGAGCUGCUGGAGCAGGCGCCCGGAGAGCCGCAGCUGCCCGGAGACUCCAACGGUCAGGGCAUCAGCAUCGAGGCCUUCACACAAGAGCUGAGCGAACUGGAGGAUCGUGUGAAGGAGCGCUGCAGAGCGGCCUGUCAGCUGGAGGAAACUGCAAGAGAGUCGCUGUCUGCUGAGCGGCAGGGGGAGGAGCAGCAGCUGUCGACCGAGAUGAAGCUGACAGGAGACUCGAAGGGAGAGGGGGCAAUGGUGGGCAUCUGUAGUCCUGCCAGGCCCCUCAAUCAGCCUUCCUCUCAGCCGUACACAGGUCAGACACACAACAUUAAUGUCACUGUGUUUUAGAUAAAAUCUCUGCUGCUAUUACAGUCCUGUUUUUUCCACUUUAGGCAACUGAUUUAGUUUUUGUGGCUAAUGUUAUGAUGGUAAUCCAUACAGGGCAUCUUUGAGUCAGAAUAUAAUAAGACAUUUUCUUUGCAGAUUCCAAACCUUUUAUAUUCACUGUUCUCAAACAUGAAGACACUGAAUGGCUGCUUCAUAAGGGUACAGAGGAUCACAAAUCUCAGGGUUAGGUUCAGCACACAGAUCGACAAAAAAGAGAAAUAUUCAUGAACUAUAUUUAUCCAACUUCUCGCCUCCUUUCUGGGCCAUCAUCCUCACAAUGGGUCGACCAAUACAGAUACCUAUACCAAUAUUAGUGAAUAUAAUAUGACCGAUUACUGAUAUUUGAAAGAGAUAUGCGUUUACGUUAAAAUUAAAAUCUUCCUGUCAAAAUUAAAUUUAUAAUAUUGCAAACUUUAUCAAAAAAACUUUCCUUAAAUGCUUUUAGUUAACGUUUCAUCAAAACUGAAACUUUCAAGAGCAUGUGGAAGGAGGUCUGUCUUUUGAUCACCCCCUUGUGCAGGUAAAUGCAGUUAUUUGUCUUUUUUUAAUUGCUCAUUAGUGUCCCCUCACUUAAACACUCGGAGCACAGGUGGGCGGGGCUAACACACAGAGACAGGCAUCUUUCUCAUGCUUGUAUUAGUAUAAAGCAGAAGCAUGGACGACUACUUGAUUUUUUCAUACUUGUUUACAUUAUAUUACACAGUUCUGAUGCUCUGCUACACACAUGCUGAAGACAGUGCUGCGUUCAUAGACAGUUGUAAAUCACAUUAUUAUUUUUGGUCUCAUACAUUCUUUGAAAAAGUGUCCUUGAUUACCCAGAAUGCUGCGGGCUGCAUGUUGUGAAGCUCAGUUCUUGAAUCAGUGCUUUUUGUGGUCACUCUGUCUUGACGAACACAGGAGGGUUUUUUUUGGUCAAAGACAGUCACAUCAGCGAAGAGCCAUUUCUGAGCUCAAGCCCGCUCUGUCUGUCCAUGAUAAGGAAAAACUAAUUCAGGCCUUCAUAACAUCAUAACUGAGUUAUUGUUGUUCUCUGUCCUCAAGUCAGCCCCAGUCCUCAUUUCAGCUGCUUCCAAAUGGAACUGCAGGGAUGCUGACUGGUAUUAAAAAAGUUUAAACUCAUCACUCCAAUCCUUGCCUUCCUUUAUUGGCUUCUAGUUCAUUUUAGAAUUUGAUUUAAGACCUCGCUGAGUGCUUGAAAGGCUCUUAAUGGCCUUAUCUCACACCACAGACCUUUUUAACCGGCACUUACCUCCAAGGGCUCAGAUGUAACAAAAACCUCUCUCAGUCACAACUUAAACUAAAGAUGACAGCGCCUGUGUACACGCCACCUGAUACUGAGUUUUCACUCUGGAGCUACAUUUCUAAACCAAGCUGAAGACAAAGUCGUGUUCAGUGGCCUUUUCCUCUUUAGAGCCCUUAAUCUAUUGUCUCAUAGGCACCCUUCUCUGUUUGCUUUGACCUCAUACGUUUUUAUCCUUUUGUACUUUCUUAAGAUGAUACAUUUAAAGAAGCUCUGAAAUCAGCUUUAGUCACCUUUUCCCGAUUUUUUCACAAUAUCAGUUGCAGACCCUCGGACAUCACCUCUUCUUUUUCUGUCUCCUCGAAGCCACGUGUCUGUGCGCCUCUAACAAUCUUAAUUAGGAGUCACACUCCUGUUUUUAGAACAGGGUUCCUAUGCAAGUUUGGAAAUUAUGGAAAAGUAUGGAAUAAAUUUGAUCAAUUUCCAGGUCUUAAAAAGUAUGGAAAAUAAAAAAAAUAACUCAUGGACUAUUACCACAGCUAUAAAAUACUGUCUUCAAAAAAAGAAAAGUAGGUAUUUUCAAAAAUAAUUCCAAAAAGUAGGCUAUGGAAAAGUAUGGAAAUUCCAAAUAUGUAGGAACCCUGUGAAAGUUAAACUUCAAAUUCCUUUAUCAGGUGAUCCUCACACGGGGAAGGAUAACUGUGUAAUGAGGAACUUCCACCAGAUCCAUGUUUGGUCUGACUCUGCUCCUCCACGAGGCUGAUAGAUUUCCCCGCAGCCAAUAAUCCACCGGCUUAAAUGCAUUACGUUCCUGCUGCAUCUAAGCUCCAGCGAUCUGAAACCUUUGGCAGCAGAUUCGCACGGCUCCUGUUUUUGCCAGUCGCAGAAUCACUGUGCAUUAAUUCAGCAAAGGGCUGAUGGAACAAGACAGGAAGUCGUACACUGAAACAACAAUGAAACAUGAGACUGCAGCGGCCUCUGCAAGAAAAAGAAUUGAAUAAUUACUUGUUGUUGUUUUUUUGUUUGAUUUUCAAGAAUUAAUGCCAGAAGGUGUUUCACUUAAUCAUAACCGAGUACUGGCGUAAUGAGAGAGGUGAGGUGGUCAAGUGUUCAGUGGUCUACUGAAUCAAAAUUUAACAUCCUUUUUGGAGAUCAUGGAUAGCCAGUCCAGUGUUCUUAACAGGAGAAAAGCCACCAAGAUUGUGAUUAACGCACAGUUCAAAAGUGGGCAUUCGUGAUGGUAUGGCAUGGCAUAGGUAGCUCACAGAUCUAAGCAAAGAGAACCUCUGAUUAUGUUAUUAUUGAUGUUAUGCAACAUUUGUGGGAAAUCCUCAGUCCUGGCGGUGCUGCUGCUGCUCAGUGCUGCACUGUUAAAACGCAGCGGGUGAGUGUUGACAAGAUGAGAGAGCACAAAGCCCAACCAUGACAGAGACUGAACAUGGGUUUGGUAGGAAUCCAGAGAGAGCUCUAUAACUUAAACAACAACAACAAGUAGCAGGUUUAUAUUUGACAUGUUUAAAAAGACUGAAAAGUGGAGAAUACUGAUGUUACCCAUUCACUCUGAUAUCAUUCAUCGUUAAUAAAGGGGUUAAUAGAGGAGAAAUGUGUAAAUACAUGGCAGAUAUACCAUUAAUAUACCUGGGCGGCCCACCCAGGUUUGGUUUAUGUGUGGGAAACACUGAGUACGUUCAAUUCAAAUCAUCCCUGAGAACCACAAUACAUCCACACUGUCCUGCCCUCUUAGCAGUCCACAGCACAGAUUUGUUUUAUAGAUAAAACUGUGAAAGUCCCUUAGGUCAGUAAAGCCCACAGCAGAAUAGGCUCUUGUUUCAGUCUGAAGCCAAACCUCGAUGAUUUUUCAAGUUCACUGACUCUUGUUUGUAGUAUUUGUAACAUUUUCUCUCACCCGUCUUGCUCUGUUGUGUUCAUCUGGUGCACACAGCCUCACUGGAGCCACAUUUUUCAACAGAGCUGUCAAUCAGGGCAAUAAAACUCUAGUUUUAGCAUCAGAUAACCAACUAAAACUAAAACUCUUGGAAAACAAACAUUCAGACAGGAGUCAGUUUGAUGAGAUAGGAGUUCAAUGACAGAAACUUAGUUUGAACAACGAUUAUUUGACUCCAUUUUAAAGUUUGAGCCAUGUCCCAUCUGUUAACAUGGAGGAGACAGGCUUAAUGAACUAUACUGCUGCAAAGUAAGCCGUAACACUAAUCAAACUAUUUCAGCUUUGUUUAAAGAUGAUGAGACGUGCAUUCAUAGUUUUUAGUCAACAGACAAAAGUCCGAAACAGGAAGCUACACACGCUGCCUACAUGCUUUGAUUGAGAUGUUUAAGCUGUCUACAUAUGGAUCCAUAUUAACGGCUAAUGCAUCUGUGGGUUCACACUUCUUACUUGUUCGAUCACUCAUCGCCCUGUAAUUUUAAGAGCCUAGUUACACAUUUUGAAGAAUUUUUAUAUAAAGCUGACUGGAAGUGGAAAUUUUCUGUUGCAUUUCUCAGCAGCAGCAGCAGCUCCCAACAAAAGGCUGAACCAUUUUUCUUCUUAGUACUUUACUGGAAGAGUUUUCAGUAAGUCAGAGACCUGAAGUUAUAGAGGAUAAUAAGAGCUUGUCACUCUUCGCAGUAGCAGCGCUGCUAAAGAAUUGUGGCGAAUUUAAUUGUCCCCAUUUCACCUUUUCAAGUUGUUAAGACUUCCUGCUGCUUUCUCUCAGCAGUCUGUCAGCCUGAACGUCACAUCAGUCAUCUUUUAAAAGGCUGUCAACGACUUCUCUCAGCUCACCCCCCAGUUUGUUCACUCGCAGCAGCCAAGUUUUAUCUCAGAUCGUUCCGUUUCGUAACCACGACUCUUUCUCCGUGCAGGUCCGUUCAUGGUGGUUCUGUUUGCCAAGUUGGAGAACAUGCUGCAAAACUCACUGUAUGUCAACAUCCUGCUGACGGGCAUCGUGGCUCAGCUGGCCUGCUAUCCUCAGCCUCUCCUCCGCUCCUUCCUGCUCAACACCAACAUGGUCUUCCAGCCCAGUGUCAAGUCACUCAUCCAGGUAGAGCAGACCAAACUAAACCCAGGAUACGCUGGCCUCGACGCUUUCAUUCACAUUACCGAAACGAGCUCUAAGGAGGAACAAGAAGACAAGAAAUGAUCGCAUUUUACAUAAUUGUCCACUUUCAGCCCACUUCACUUCUGUGCUGUUUUUCUCUUCCAAGAGCAUCAGACCCACAAUGCAUUUGAAUAGUUUUUUUUUCUGCCCAAUUUUGUCCCUCCUCUAUGAAAAUGUAACCUGUGACUAGACAUGGCAGGAAAAAGCAACUUGUCUGUUUAGAUAGUCACAAUAGGCUUUAUUCAACAACAUCUCCAUACCAUUCUUGUCUUGAAUCGUCCCCAAGAGACGUCUGCUCCUAAACUACAGUUUUUUUUACUCCUGUGUUCUUACAUUGAUGAAUACUGUGUCCUUGUGCUGUUUUUUCCUAAUUAGCACACAAAAGACCGCAGUGCCUGUGCACACAGAAACCUCAUAGGAUUUAGACGGGAAGUGGAGGGACGGCAAAAACGUGCAAAUUAGAAUUAAAAUGGUUAUUCAUCGGACUUGAAGUGAACAAACACUGAAAUAAAGGAGGCAUUAAUGAGUGGGUUUAUUAUGUUGAGCAGCACCAGCAGGAGAAGUGGGACAUAAUAUCCAUAAGGCAAUUAACUGUGUUGUCGUUCUCACCUGCGUUACACAACCAUCAGUAUACGGGGGUGAAAUAUUGAUUCCUGUGUAGAAUAACUACGGCGCUUAUAGUAGAUUUCUCUGUCGAUUUUUCUCUUUGUCGCUCCGCAGCGUGGUGCUAAACACUCAAAGGAGGAAAAUGUAAACAGCGGUUAAUUUGCCGAAGGAGUAAAAGUUGACAUUUGCAGAAUACUAGAGGAAGACAGCGGUGGAAAGAAGUUAAAAGACAGCAAAGUUUUUUUAGCUUUUCACACUGAAACAAGAGGGAAGAUGGAGGAUGCACUCUAGUAUGUGUUGCUCUUCUGCGAUCGAUGGACUUAAAAGCCUGCGCAGUCCUUUUGUGAUAGUUAUUACCUGUUUUAUUGACAAUGGAGGGAAAUGCUAUAAACAGCUGUCCUCCAUGAGUCUUUCAGAGGUGCUCAUGUGGCCAAAGUUUUACUGACGGUUACAGAGAGUUGGAAUCUGACUGUAAGAGAACUGGCCAUAGGGAUUUUGCAGUGAAUAGGAAUGUAGCUGUUGACAUGUUGACAUAAAAUCAAGGUCAACAAAAACAACAUCCAGUUCGAGAAGGUUCCAAGUACCAUGGUCAACUUUAAUCAUGUAGGCGUGGAAAUGAUGCUUCAUCUCAUCCUAACUUUCCACUAUUUAGAGAAAUACUGACGCAGUAUCCAAGAAAAACUAAGUCAGCCUCUUCUCAGUCAAAGCCCCUCUAACUCUUUCCACCCUCCUUCUCCUUCAGGUUCUUGGUUCUGUGAAGAACCGUAUCGAGGCGUUUGCAGCCUCCCAUGAGGACUUCCCUGCCAUGCUGAGGAAAGCUCAGCAGUACCUGGUGGCUCGAGGCAAAGUGGACUGGUCAGACACGCCUGCGGGAGUCCCAACCCUGCGGCGCUCUGAUUCACUGGGUGAGCAUGGAAACAGGAGGAGCAGAGUAACGCAUGCAGAGUUUGUUUAAGUUUGUCUGCAGGGGUUGGUCUCGUGCCUCUGGUCUCAAAUCAGACUUUCAUGAGUCAGAGGAAGUUUCCUCUUCAUCUUUGGCUCUUAUAACUAGAAUAGAUGCAGGUUUCUUUUGAUGUUUCCUGGUCUGAAAACAUUUUACAGGUUGUUGACGCAAAAACUUUAUUUUUACAAACCGCAAAGUAAAGCAGCACAGAUCCCCUCCUAAAUUAGGCUGUUAGACAUUUUUGAGGCCUUUAAAUCAGCAGUGUCAAUGCAACACCUACUUAUACCACAUUUGUAUUUCUUACUUUCAACGAUUCAUGUCCAUGAAAUUCCCAUAACAAUGAAAACUGAUGUGAACUGCUGCAAGAUUUUCAUUUCAAAUCAGUCCAUUUGUUACCAAACGUUUACUGUGUCCAGGAAAGACUUUAAAGUGCACUUCAAUUUUUUGAUGAGAUUUCAGCCUCUUUAAAACUCAAGGCCAACUUUCUAGAAGUUCAAAGACUUCCAGAUGAAUCCUAAGUCACAGGUCUUUGCCUUCGUUGGAAGUAAUUGCCCCCCAAACCAAAUAAUCAAAGAAAAGAGUCUUUCACAUCGCUGUGGAGGAAUUUUGGCCCACUCUCCUUUUAAUCUGGAAGAUUUGCUGCUGUGUUCACACGUAAGCUCACCCAAAAUGAUUCCGGGGGGCUAGAAGGAAAUAGCCUGGGUGAAAAACUGAUCUUUCUGUUCACACAUGCAGCUCACCUGCAGGAUAAUUUUGGGAAAUCUUCAGGAACUGUGUGUGUGUGUAUGAAGGGGGUCAUAGAGUAAGUGGUGACUGUAACUCCUGACAACCUCUGCUAAAUCCUCACUCCACUAAAGCUCAGUUAAUCUGAUGAUAACCAUUUCAAACUCUUCAAAAUAAAAGUCCCUUGUUGUUUCUGUUGCAGUCUGUUGAUGAUAAUUUUCUACAGAUAUUGUAUCAAAGUUCAAAUUCUGGGGUUGUGAUGUCCCUUAUGUCCUGUAAACUUCAUGUAUUCCUCCAGUUAAAAGUCGCAAGCCAUCCCUCGGAGACCUGAUCCUCCGUCACACCAACAGCCCAACGAGAGCCCGACACGCCGCUCAGCUCGCCCUCGCACACGUACGGGAUGGCGGCCAAUCACUGCACAGUGCUCUGUUCAGGGGCAGCGCAGGCGGAGGGGCGUCCGGCCUGGAGAAGCAGGCCGAGGCCCUGCGGGUGAAGAACGCCGUCUACUGUGCCGUCAUCUUCUGUGAGUUCCUCAAGGAGCUGGCCGCCCUGGCUCAAGAGCACGCCGUCAGUCUGCCUUUCCCUCAGAGCCAGGAGGCGGAGGAGUAG